AUGUCGUACAAUUCUGGACGUAUGCCGCCGAAGGCAUCGUCUGCAGAUUCAUCACAUCCGCCGUCCAACUCUGGCAUUCCGCAUGCCUCUCGAACUCCAAGAUCUCAUUUGGCAAGGCCAACCAACUCUACUCCUCGGAGAAACCGCGCAGCAUCUUUCUCCACUGCGGAGGAAACUAGACAGAUUCUAGCACCUGUACAGCCUGCCAAUCGAUCAAAACGACUAUCAUUGUUACCACGGCCUAGUACUGGUGGUCUAACAUUCCUAACUCCUUCACCGACACCGUCGCCCCAAACUCCAAUUCUCACUCAACCUAUUCCGUCCUCGAUCUCCUCUCCCGAUAUCAGAAGCCCAUCUGCCUUCGUUCCCAGUCAACAGGUGCAAGCGCCUCCCGCUAAAAGGACCCGAAAUGUCCUGCGCAGAAAGGCGCCAUUGAUUGGAAAGCAUGUGGAGAACCAAGCCCAGAAGCUUAGUCUGGUGAUCCCGCACCAGCUUAACGAAAUGAAGGAUCCCAGAUUAAAUUCCACACAAGAUGCAUACUUUGCUGGACCUUCGGCAUCGGCCUCUUCACAAAGUUCGAGUGACAAGACACCGAAAAGUGCGGUCGAGACUCCUCCAGGGCCAGCGGAACUGGCAAGCCUCCGGACCAUCAAUACUCAGAACCUUCCUCCUACACAUCCUUUCCCACCAGCCAGCAGCCCCUCAACAAGGUACUCCGAGUCCCCAGGUAUGUGGAGUCGUGGCUCGACUCCGACCUCGUUGUCCUCGUACUCCCCUGGGAUUAUGCACUCGAGUAAGAUUGGACGUCUGAGACAGGGCAGCCCAUCACAUCCUAGAUUGCCAAUGUUCUCGCCAUCGACACACGCGAGUCCACAAAGUGCGCAAAGUGAUCGACGAGAGGCCAAGGUGCACCGGACUGCUCUUCCUCAGCGGUCUCUUGGCCCAAGUCCUGUGGCAUCUACUGCCCCGAAACAAAUUUCUAGGUCUGUUGCCAAGACUCCAGGUCCUCCCCAAAGCCCACCACCAAGGAAAUCGUCGGUAAAAUUUAGUCCGAAGGAAUCUCCUCCUAAAGACUCAGAUAUCGACGUCGAGAAGGCCAGAAAAGAAGUCGAGGAAGCAGAGCUGGAACUUUUCAGGGCCCAUAAAAGAACCUUCACCAACCCUGUCAGCCCUGAGAUCAGCGUGCCAAUGACACCACCACGACCGAGCAGAGAUGGUACCCAUCGCUUAUAUCUGAACACAUCACCAGUCAUUCAAAGUAAUCUGCCAUAUCUCAAGACAACGGGUCACAAGAGACGUGAGUCUAUAGAAAAAGCAUUGACAGCGGGGAAACCGUACCAAACUGCAACCCCGUCUGCUGCUACUUCUGUGGAUUCCUUCAGGCCUAAAGAGUUGUCCCGAAUUCCUUCGCGAGAAGUAGGCUCUCCAGUGAUGACUCGCAAAUCACCAAAAUUGGUCAAGGAUCCCCCAAAAGCGCCUACCAAGGAGAAUGCCGAGAUAAAAAAGCCCGUCACACCCAAGCGAUUUGGCAUCUUCCACAAAAAGUCAAAACCAGAUAUUGAAAGCAAUACUGGCGAACAGAACCGACCAGCAGUACGAAAAGGCCCUGUAGCAGGAACAGGCCAUGAGGGAUACGGGAAAUAUAGCCAACGCGGGAGAAAAGCAAGUGGAAGCAGCAGCAGCGGCGUGAGAACCCGGUCAACAAGUACAACUCGAAGCGGUCCACAAUCAGUUGCCAGUAGCAAAGGAAGUAUGUCAAGUCGUCCAGAUCUAGAUCUUGACGAUUUUCUUUCAAGCCGUCUUGAGCCAGUGUUUAUUAGCGGUGGAGGCUCGACCCUUUCGCGAACCCAGAGCGAACUGAGCAUGAGCAGUCUUAGUGUUGCCUCAUCGAGCCUCUAUCGUCCAACACCUCUCACGGUAUCUACUGUUCAAUCUACCGAUUCGUUGGUGACAACCUCUACAGGGAUUUUAGAUGACGUGAAGCUGCCUAGUGCAUCGAGCCUUGCCUUGGUAUCGACUCGGAGUCAAAGUCCAGAAAGGCGCUCGGAGGCCGCUGAUCGUCCGCAACCGCCGAAGUCGCGCAUGCCAGUGCCCAAAGGGAAGAAAAAUGAGGUUUAUGGAAACCUCGAAGCUGCUCAGACUCGAACUUCUCUCUCGAGCGCUGCAUCAACAACCCUUCCUCCCCAGACCUCGAAAGCCACUUCUAGCUCGUCGGGUCAUCAACAACCUGCAGCGGUGAAAGAAAGUCAGCAGGUCAACAAGAAAGGAAAAAGCUCCCGGUGGAAUCUGUUCCAAAGAAACCGCUCCGAGGCGCCCAAGGUUGCUGCCCCUGAGCCGCCCGCCGUUCCUCACACUGCCCAACUCCACGCCGCAAUCUCGCCGGCCUUGAAAACUCGACCAGUGGCCCACUAUGCACUGGUGGAUGCUGAUUCUGACGAGCUUGACGACAUAAUCAAUAAUAUUGAGCACUCCCCACCGACAGAGGAAGAGGUUCUUGCACCGGCAGUGGAGGUCCCCGCCGGCUUGAAUAUCAGAAAAAGACACCCAUCUAUCUUACUACCGUCUCCCCCAAAACUGCACGGCGAGUUUGAAAAAGAUGGACGCGCUUCCCCAAAGACCGCAAUGUUCAACCGCAAUCUGAUGGGCUUGGAACCUGAAAGUAGUCCCGAGGAUCGUCGACCUAGACGACUGGCUUCCGUGGGCCGCAUCCCGAAGGUCGUUUCUAGACGAGAUAGACAACACACCCCGGCCACGCAAUCCUUUUCUCGACCAUUCAGUGUCGUCGAGUCUCCGCCGUCAAUUCCAGCUCCUACAAAGCAAGACCUGGAUGGUCAUCCGAGGUUCACUGAUUCUCCUUGGAAGCAACAGGCAGGGAUUCCGUCAAGCCAGCCCCCGGACUGGGGCUAUAAUUAUACCCAGGGUCUUAGUCCCCCUGCGACAAUUGCCGCUUUGAAUUUCCUCUCCGGCCCUUAUUCAGCUCAGGAAUUUAUCCACUUCUCGCCCAACAAGAGCUCGCCAUCGGCAAGCAGCCCUGAGACCCUCGCAGCUGUGACAGCUGUAAUCCCCAGACCAGAAGCAGCGCCCAUGGAGGACGAGAUAUGGAAAGAAUAUGAUGAUUUGAUUGAUCAUGUUCUUUCGCCAGAAGAGCCAAAGACAAAAAGCUCGGACAAGCCAGAGGAUGAAGAGAGGUUCCAGCUUGCAACAAUGGCAAGCAGAGCUCUUCAGGAUGGGUUGAACAACCCCAACUCCCUUUCCCCCGGCCUACCUACAUAUGGUCAAGCCUCUGUUCGCUCCAGUAGCGACUCUAUUCGUCUGCGCAGGUCUAGAAUUGUAUCGGCUUUGCAUUCUUCUAUCUCUCCAUCAACUCAGCCAUCUUAUAGCAACCUCAUUGCAAGCUACGGGGAUGGUGAGGAGUCUAGGAGUCCAGCAAACUCUGCGCAGUCCCAACCAGGCGAGGUUCGAGAGAAGCAAUCGACAUUCCUUCAAUCUCUAGCCACCGCUCCCACGCCCGAAAGAAAGUCUCGCGAUGGCCGAAGAUCGUUUCCAGGCUCGUCAGAGCGAGACUGGGAUGUAGUGACCAGCACAAAUAUGAAGUCUGCUUCUCUAAUGACCAGUCGUUGGCUGUCAUUCGGGCGUGUCCUAUUCAGCCCUGCACACAACCAUGUCAAGACCGGAACUCAUGGACGAAUUCUUGUGAUCGACGGACUCGGAAACGACGACUGGUCUUUCUAUUGCUCGUUGACCUAUCCCAAUGCCGAGGUAUACAGUCUAAGCGGCCGACCAGUCUCUACAGCUCUGCCCCAUCCCGCCGCAUGGCAGCCUCCUACAAAUCACCACACAGUCUACCACGCCGGCUUGCAGAACCCACUACCGUUCCCCAAAGACUAUUUUGCCGUCACAGUCCUUCGAUUCCCCACCGCCAGCCCCGAAGCAAUGCAAAGCAACAUCAUCCAGGAAUGCAAGCGUGUUCUUCGCUCCGGCGGAUACCUGGAAAUGAUCCUUCUAGACCGCGACAUGGUCAACAUGGGACCGCGCACUCGCAAAGCCGUCCGCCGACUAAAGGAAAUGACAUGUCUCGCCAACCCGGCCAUAAGCCUCAAGCCCAGCAGCGAUAAUGUCCAGCGCUUGCUCGGCACGCAAGGCUUCGACAAUCUCCGCCGCUGCAUGGUCCGGAUCCCCGUAGCAGGCAGGAUCGUUCGAUCCUCCGAUUCCACGACCUCCUCGUCGAACAAAUCCUUCUUGGCAACUGCCACAACUGCCACUUCAUCUUCUGCCACCGGGUUCUCUCUCCCAGCUAUCUCGGUCACCACGACUACGGGUAGUCAGAAAAGUACGCAGACGACUUCCAAGGUGUCACCCUCAGACGAUACCAGUGUCUCUUUGGGAGAUCUUCUCUCGGAUCCGUCACCGUCUGCCGCUAAUGACGAGUCGAUCGCCAAGAUUGUGGCUCGAGUCGGUCGGUGGUGGUAUACGAAAUGUUACGAGGACCCUGUUCUCCCUGCUUCUGGUGAUAAUGAUCCCAGCAUGUGGAGGGAUCGCAAGGUUCUUCGCGAAUGCCAACAACGCGGGACUGGUUUCCGUAUGUUGAUUGCGUAUGCGCAGAAGCCGAGUGAGGUUAAGAGACGCACUGCCAGCGUCUAA